AUGGGAAUAAGAGAGCAUCGCGAUGAGGUUCGCGGUGGAAUUUCCAGGUGGUUCAUGGGACUAAUGAGAUUGCUAGAGAUUGAAGCUUGGAUGCUCACUUCUCAUAAUGAAUGGAAAAUUUUUACUGAAUUGAAAAGUAGGAAGGUGGAAUUCCAGGUGGAAGAAUCCUUAUCUUUGGCACUGUCAGUUGUAUACAGUGUGCUAUCCCAAACCUCUAAUGCUGGUGACAUAGCCAUCUACUGGGGCCAAGCCAGUAACGAGGGAACCCUUCUCGAGACAUGCAAUUCCGGAAGAUACAAAUAUGUCAUCCUUUCUUUUCUCAACAAGUUCGGCAACGGCCAAACACCCGAACUCAACCUCGCCAGCCACUGCAACCCCGCCAGCGGCGGCUGUCGGGUGGCGAGCAAAGGCAUAAAGGCUUGUCAAAAGAAAGGGAUCAAAGUUCUUCUCUCCAUUGGAGGAGGCAUUGGAAAGUACACUCUAACUUCCAGAGCCGACGCCAAAAAGGUGGCGGACUACUUGUGGAACAACUUCUUGGGUGGCAAGUCCAACUCUCGUCCCUUAGGUGACGCCGUUUUGGACGGAAUAGAUUUCGACAUCGAGCUCGGAAACACACAACACUAUGACGAUCUGGCAAAGGCUUUAAAGGCUCACAGCACCAAAGUUAAACUGAGUGCAGCUCCUCAGUGUCCAUUUCCUGAUAGGUUUGUUGGUGAGGCGAUUCAGGCCGUCAGCUUUGACUAUGUUUGGAUUCAGUUUUACAACAAUGGUCCAUGCCAGUAUAACGCCAAAACAGGUUCUGUGAAGAACCUGCUCGAGUCAUGGGACAAAUGGAACAAAAAAUUACCUAACGCCAAAAUGAUCUUCAUGGGGUUGCCGGCGGCGAAGAACGCAGCCGGAAACGGGUACAUUCCGCCAAGUGUUCUGAAGUUGAGGGUUCUUCCGACAAUUAAGAAGUAUAAAAGGUAUGGAGGUGUGAUGUUGUGGAACAAGUUUUGGGAUGUUCAGAACAAAUAUAGUAAUGCCAUUCUCGGAAGUGUUUGAGUUCGGUAACUCUGUUUUCUGUGAAAGAAAUAUGAAUAAAGGUCUGAAAUAAUAA